GGAGGACACGGACAGCGCCAUGCCGCCUCCAAGAUGGCGGCCGCCCCUCCGCCCUCAGCUCGAGCGCGGGAAGGGCCGCACCGCCUCAGCGCUGCGGUAGGUGGGGAGGGGGCGGGAGGCGGGAACGCACCAUGGCGGCGGGCGGCGGGGCGGGCACCUUCCCCUUCCGCUCGCGGUGUCUGAGGGGAUGGCGGUCCCGCGGGACGCGGGGCGGGGCUGAAGGCGCCCGGCUUAACCAAUAGCCCCGUUGCUGUGAGCUGCGGAGCCGUCUGCGCUGUUCGAGACGACCUGCUCGCUCAUCCUCUCACAGCUCCGACGGGACGUUAGGAAGAGAGCAGGAUGAAGACUGAAAGCUCCUAAUUGAGCCAGACGCUGCAGCCAGCUUCCUGCUUUGCUAAAGGCAUAAUUUUCAAACAGAAGUGAUCCAAGCUAUUCAAGGAGGCAAAAAGCGUCACAUCCACGGACAGAGUGAUUCUUCAUCACCAGAACUGCCUUCUGGAUCAGGAUGUACCUCAGAGAGAGUCUUGGAAGAAACACAGUAUAAGGGACUGAAUGAAACCCUGAUGACCGCUCCGCACUCGUUCCUUAAUAGCACACCCUGGUCACGUCUCCGUGCGAGCACAUUGCGCUGGGAUUGCUGAGCAGAAGCAGCAAGGAGCUGAUGGCGAUGCAUUUCCAGCACGGGCUGCCAGAGCCCUCUGUUUGCCAUUGGCUGCGGUUUUCUGGUUUAUUUGCAGCUUCCCCCAUCUGGAAUAUGAAAAUUGGAUUGGAGUAGGUAAUUGCUAGCAGCGGGUUUUCAAGAGAGGCUUGGUGGGAGCAGAAUGCCUCUCGCACAGCACUGCCUGCGCUGAAAGAGCUCUGAUUUUAGAUGUUAGCCACGUCUGAAUCUCUGGGAAACUUUACCGUGGGAGCACUGCGCGCAGUCCUGGAGCUGACAGCCAAAGAGGCACGGAGGGGGCAAACAAUGGGAUGCCCUGUCCUUGGGUUGCUCCAUGAACAGACACCCAGAGCUCCCCUUGGCUGCCCCGCAAAACGAGCAUGAAGGUGACCAUGGACUGAAUCAUACCCAACGGAGAUCCCACAGCUGUUAAGGAUGGGAUACACAGACCCCUCGUCGGGCAGGGAUUUGCUGGGAAACAGAACUUUGUUCUUCAUCUUCAUCUGCGCCUUCGCUGUGGUCACCCUGCUGCAGCAGAUCCUCUACGGGAGGAACUAUCUCAAAAGAGGGCUGCAGUUUAGCUGGCAGAAUGGAGAGGAAUUGGCCAAUUGGACCGGCACCUUUAAUUUCACGGAUGACGGAGCAGUGAAGAGUGGCAGUGACACAGGCACCAGGUAUUUCGAGUUUUAUGAAGGGCCAUUGGAAUACAACUCCACCAAAUGCCUGGAAUUGCGACAGGACAUCAUUGCAGUGAAGGUUUUGUCUAUGGUGAAACAAACCGAAUUAUUUGACAGGUGGAAGAGCCUACAGAUGUGCAAAUGGGAGAUGAAUGUCACAGAAGCCAACAUACUCAAGUCUACACUGUCGAGGUGUUGCAAUGCCCCUGCCUUCUUGUUCACCACUCAGAAAAACACUCCCUUGGGAACUAAGCUGAAGUAUGAAGUGGAUACCAGUGGGAUCUUCCACAUCAACCAAGAAAUCUUCAAAAUGUUUCCAAAGGAUAUGCCAUACCACCGCUCCCAGUUCAAGAAGUGUGCAGUGGUUGGGAAUGGGGGGAUCCUGAAGAACAGCAGAUGUGGCCGAGAGAUCGACAGUGCAGACUUCGUGUUUCGAUGCAAUUUGCCUCCCAUAUCUGAGAAGUACUUAACGGAUGUUGGGGUGAAGACGGACGUCGUGACUGUCAAUCCUAGCAUCAUUACUGAGAGGUUUCAUAAGUUGGAGAAGUGGAGGAAGCCUUUCUAUGACGUGCUCCAGGUUUAUGAGAAUGCCUCCGUGCUGCUGCCAGCCUUCUACAACACACGCAACACGGACGUCUCCAUCAGGGUCAAGUAUGUCCUGGAUGACUUCGAGUCUCAGCAAGCUGUGUACUACUUUCACCCCCAGUAUCUCAUCAACGUCUCGCGCUACUGGCUGGGCCAAGGGGUGCGGGCCAAGCGGAUCAGCACAGGACUCAUCCUGGUGACUGCAGCCCUGGAGCUCUGCGAAGAGGUCCACCUCUUUGGCUUCUGGGCCUUCCCCAUGAACCCCUCAGGGAUUUUUAUAACUCACCACUACUAUGACAACGUGAAGCCUCGCCCUGGUUUUCAUGCGAUGCCCUCGGAAAUCUUUAACUUUCUGCACAUGCACAGCAAGGGGAUCCUGCGGGUUCACACGGGAACCUGCGGCUGCUGUUGACAGGGGCACUUCUUCCUCUGGUGCAAAAGUGCAUCAGGAACUCGAUGCCUGUGUACACCCUGAGAUUAUGCAAUAGUUGUUUGAUAUAAAUUUCCUUGAGGCAUUGCAUCCCAUAGGAUCUAUGUGACCAGCAUCCUUCCGGCUAGCAGAGUCGGGUCCAUACCAGUGUGGGUGAAGCAAAACUCCUCUGUCCUGGGGUGUGCACUGCCCUGGGAAGCAGGUUGGAUGAGAAGCACAUCUCCAAUAGAUUUAGAGAUAUACAGAGCACAUAAAUAUAACCAUCAUUUCACCAUGGAGUAGAUCACCAAGCUUUUAAGGAGAAUUGGGGAUGGAGAGUUUCAGCAUAGACUGUACGAAUUUACAUAGACUUCAGUGCUGAGUGCUGUGGGGCACUAUCAGAUUUUACUGAAAGCACUAUUCUCUGGCAUUUGGGUUUUUGAAAAUACUCUUUGCGUUGUAGUUUUAAGGGCAACUGUACAGCUUGAGGUCAUUGCUCUGUAACGACACAAAGUAUUGGUGAAAAAUAGCAGAUAGGUGUGAUAGGAAAAAAAAAGAUCACCUUAUGAAAUCUUUCAGCUGGGACGGAAGAGAACUCACAUUUGCAGCAACAGGUCACUGUGCUAACCAUGGUGUAUGGUUGUUCUAGAGCUUCUUUCUUCUUCCUCCUCAUGCCUGGCUUUCUCUGCUGAUAAUGUUUUCUUUCCCAUUGCAGUCUUUCCUUUUUGCUAACACACGUGCAGUGUCUGUGCUUUCUCCUACAGUGACCAUCUCAGCUUCAGAAUGGAGACCUUCCCACUUCUUUAAGCUUUCCUUGGACUGAAUGUUGAGAAGGUUGCCCUAGUUAGAUUUUCUGAGUUCAUUUUUGAUUCAAUUAUAGCAGCAUUAGAUGGAAAAGGAAUUUCUCCUCUGUUUAAUAAAGACAUUUGUAGGAGUAUUAGAGAGUUGAUCCACUAUUGUACAGGUUGAAUUAAAUAUUUUCAGAUAUCUGUGAUAAAUACUUGCAGGAAAUGAAGACAGUGAAGAUAUUAAUGGCUUGAAUUAUGAUGUCUGAAUGUGGCAUUUGUUUGUGUGGAGUAUGUUACUAGGAUAAUAAAAGGGCUGAUUUACUCUUUGAAAUGUUACCAAUGUAACUUAGUCAUGCCAGGCUUGGUUUCCCACCUGAUGCAGUUACCUUGGCAAAAUCCUGAUGCAGGACAGAUGCCACACGCUGCCAGAGUUUAUUUUGGCUGCUGAACCAUGGUGCAGACGUAUGCCCUCUCAUACUGUAUGAAUGCAUGCACAGGAGGGUGAAGUUUGCUGUUCAGCUGUGCCGGCAUGGUUAAGAUGAACAGGGUUUCCUCACGUAUGUUUUUAGUGUGAAGCACUUGGUCUGUUGUGCAGUGCUUUGUUUUGUCCUUUUCAGAUUGCAGAGAUUUGGAAUUUGAAGUGCUUGUCCUCUCUGGGGGUUGUGUUCAAAUCAGAAUUGGAUUUUGAUUUUGUAAUGCGUGAGCACACAAAGCUAUUUUAAAGCCUCUGCGCUGUGCUGACAGCUCUGAAAGUUGCUCACAUUGCAUUUAAAAUGGUGUAAAGGAAGUGAAGCACAGCAGUCGCCAUCCCAGGAGUCCCCGCUGACCAUACAGCAGUGACCUGGAUGGUGUGCAGGAGUCUGAAUUUCUUUUGCACCAGGCUUCAGAGGUAUAAUUAGUUUAAAAGCAACCCAUCUUCUCUGUUGAAGUGUCAGAGCUUGAUAAAUACCAGCCAGGGGUAGGCAAAGGGCCUGUGCUUAAGCUUUGUGCGUUUGUCUUGUGCUUUUGGUCUUAGAGCUGUGUGUUGGUGGACUGUAUCACAGUGCACCCUGAAUGAACCUACAGGUGAAAUGGUUUCCUUGAUUUAAUAAGCAAAAGAGAUCUUUGUCUUGGCUGUGUUUUGUAAAUUAGUGUGUAAAGGGCUUUGAUAAUGAAGUGCUGUAACAGAAGUGCUAUGUAGAGAGCAACAUGACCCGUGGGCUGGGCAUCUUGCUGCGUGUUGAGCUUUAUCAUAAUGAAGCCAGCACCUAUGGACCUUACUUCUGCCUGGGUGAGGGUCUGGUGGUGACUUGGUUUGCUUUGCUGCUGCUGCUUUGCUGGGGAUACGCUCUUUGGUAAGAGUUUUUCUUCACUAUAUUGAUUGAAGCGAACAAAAGGAGUCUGAUCUAUUGCAAGAGGUACUUCAGAAAGAUAGGAAGGCAUUUGAGAAGCAUCAGCGUGUUGGAAGGAAAUGGAGCAAAUCCCCCUUGUUUGGUUGCAAAAUUUCUUCUGGACUUUUUGGUCAGGCAAAAGGAUAAGCAAAGUUCUUCUGGACUUUUUGGUCAGGCAAAAGGAUAAGCAAAAUACAGUAACCUCUAAUUGCAGGGACACAGACAUUUUCUUCCCUUUGUUUGCUUCAUAUAAAUUAGCAAUGUAAAUUCACCGAGGCUACACUGUAUAAGUGCAGUUUUACUGUGUUUAGAUUUUGAUGGAUUAUAGGUCUAUAACUACUAUAUUUUUUUAAUGAUUUUAAAAUGCACGUGCAGGGUACUUGCACAUAUGCACCAAAGGCCCAGUCCUGCAACGUUCAUCUGAAGAGAACUCCCAUUCCUGCUGAUAGGUAUCUUAUUUGUAUAGAUACUGCAGAAACAAACCCAGUGGUGUCUGUGGAGGUGUACAUAGAUGUAUAUUAGCAAUGUUUAGUGGUAGGACUAGAGGGAAUGGCCUCAAGUUGUGCUAAGGGAUGUUCAGGCUUGGAUAUUAAGAAAAAUUUCCUCUCCAUAAGAGUUGUCACAUUCUGGAAUGGGCUGCUCAGGGAAGUGAUAGAGUCACUGUCCCUGAAGGUGUUCAGGAAUUGUUUAGAUGUGGUACUAAAGCACAUGGUUUAGUGAGGGGUUGGUGAUAUUGGUGGUAGGUGGAUGUUGGACUAGAUGGUCUUGAAGGUCUUUUCCAGCCUUCAUGAUUCUUUAUUAGACGAGAUUUAGGGAGCGAUUUGCAAGCUAGAAAGAUUCUUAAAGAAAUAUAUAUAUAAUAGUCCUUGAGAGGAAGUGCAUGCUGCAGCAUGUUUGCUUUCCGAUCUGUUUGUCAGGUGUUGCUCAAAAAAUAAUUGAAAAGUGACAGCGUUUUUGUCAGAAAUUUGGAAGCUUUCGGGUUGUUCUUGGCCUCCUUACUUUGCACUGGGCACUGGAAAACCACAUUCCUGCUGCUGUCCUUCAGGAGUGGAGUCUGAGGGUGAGGAUGGUGCCCGGAGGCCUCAGCCAUGCAGAGGUCCAUGAAUAAAAGCCGUCAGCUCUCAUCCUGAGCUCAGAUGGUAAGCUCAGCUGUCGUGCUGAGAAUAUGAAAUCUGAGGCAGGGAGAGAGAAAAUUACAAUCCUGGGGAUUAAUCACCAGCUUCUGCUAUUAUUUAUGGGAAUCUCUUAAGAAGUCCCUGAGAUCUUCAUACACUGGCAAUGCAAAUUCAGUCAGAAAAACGUGGCUAGGCCUGCUCCUCUCUGACAGGUCAACAGAGGAGCUUAUGGGCCCACCAAUGCCAUCAUCAAGUGGAAAAGAAGACUUAAUCAAAAUACUUCAGCUGCUUGCUCUCGAUUUGUGGACAGAAAGGAUUAAAUAGUGGUAGGUUUAUAAUAUUUUAGCAUAUCUCCUGUGGUAGAGACAAAAUGCUCAAAGCCAGCUCGUGUUGUGAAUGGGGAGCCAUGGCAUGGUGGCUUCUUUGGCUCCAGUGGGCCCAUUGUCACUGGGAAAAACCUUAGGGAGGGAAUGUGGGACACUGCAACCACCACUCCGGGUGGUCGGACGGAGGCAAAUAACUCUAAGAAUAGAGUUAUUUUUCCAAGAAUAGAAUUGUUUUCUGUGGGGUUUGACGAAUUAAUGGAGAUGUUGCUGAAUGCAGAAAUUCCUGUGGUGAUGGAGCUCUGCGGGCAGGUGGCCUUUGCGGUUUGGUGUGUCAGGAGAGAGCAAUCUCUGGUUGGUGAUGAAGCACUGAGAUGUGAAAUGAGAGAGAAUCCAUCCUGUUAAAUCAUCCGGGCUCUGGUGGUUGGUCAGCAAAGUCGUAAUUUUACAGAGCAGAAGGUUAGAUAGCGAGAACAGAGUUUGGAAGGGAUCCUCCUGUCUGGUUUGUACCCAAGCAGUGAGCAGUGAGCUUUGGAGCUUUCAGCAAUCCCUAAAGGCCAAAGUCCCUGGGAAAUUCUGGAAUGAGCCGAGGAAUAAAAGAGUCGGUACUUAGGCUGAGGGCCUUUUCCAAAAUCCAGUGAACUUCAUGGGAAGUUUGGAGUACAUCAGAGCCAGCCUGCAGGCUUUGGGCAGGAGGAGCAGCCCUUGUUUCUUACUCACUUGUUUUCAGAUAUGUUUUUAAUAUAUUGUAGAUACAGUGCAGUAGCAAUACUGUGUUUUUAAUUGUUUGUGUAAAGAACAAACUUAAUCUGGAAGCCAAAGUGUCACCCUCCCUUCCAGAUUCCUGCACUUUCCAUCCUUUCCAAUUCAUCUAUGCAAAACAUUUCAUCACGGUCGUGUAAAUGAACCAAACCACAGUGAGCCCCUGCAUCCUGCUGUGUGUAUGUGAAUCACAUGCCGUGAGAGAAGAGGGGUUCUUUUGCUUUCUUUGAGAUGCCAGCGUGUAAUUCACCAGUGAUACAAAUGUAUUGAAGGCAGGGUUCCCAGUGAGGCCAGUACAAAGUGUGCAUUUGGCUUCAGUAGGAAAACAACGGGUGCAAUGCUUGUCAGUCAAGCCCAUAACCCUCAUCUUCAACCUGCCCCCAUGCACUAUUACAAUUUUAUGUCUUACUGUCAUCCUGUCUAAUGUGGGUGAGGCUGAUGUGUUGUUUGCAUGGUAUCCCAAAUCAUAGGCAAUUGUACUCAAGUGCUUUUGUAAUGAAUCUUAAGGAAAAUCCAAGCGUACGCAUUGGGGUGAGGGAGCCUGAAUCCCAGGCCUGAGCACCUCCCAUAUUCCUUAAAGCCUGAGCAUGAGAAACAUCAACAAUGUGGGUUUGGGCCGUAGUGGGAAGCCUAAAGAAAGAUAAAUAUGCCUCAGCAUUUCAAGGAUUGAAAGCUGUAAAUACGUUACUGGUAUGUCUGACUUAUGGUUGGACUAGAUGAUCUUAGGGGUCUUUUUGAACUAUAAUGAUUCUAUGAUUCUAUGACUUUCCCUUUAGAAGCCAUAAAUGUUCUUGGUGUUUGACCUUUGGGUGAGUUGUUGUGUGUUUUUAACUGUACUAACCACUGUAAAAUGUGCUAGCAUGUAAAAUGGCGACAAACUAUGCCAACAAAAUCAAAGUGUGGGCUGGUUCUUGAAACAUUCUACCUGAAACUGUAUGGGUUAAGAUGGACCAGGACACUGAGAUGUCUCCGUGCUCCCUACGGCUUAUGGAGAUGCUCAUUAUUGCCCAGGAAUGCUGGAUCAAAAUGGCAUCUUCACACUAAGGGAGCUCAGGCUGAUGCAAAAAUAAAGCUUGUUCCAUAAUUGUUCUUUCUGUACGGUGGUGACGGCGGGGGUGGACAGACCCAAGCAGAGCCAUGGUAAUUUCAUGCUGAUGUUAAUGCCAUCGUGCCCAUUGACUCACCUUUCUUUUCUAUCGUCUGCCACCCUGUAAUUCUUGCUUCUUUCUGUAGCUGUAAUAUGGUUGUAAUAGGAAGCCUAUCAAUUGAUGUAAGCCAUAACUAAAGCAGUAAUCAGGGUACUUUCUUUUGUCUGUAUCACUGUGUUCGAAAGAUGAUUUGAUUCUAUUGAAUAAACCACUUUAACAGUUUUGUGGGAAA